CUCCUACCAAGCACACUGCCAUCGUUUCUUGCCAUCUGCCCGAGGCAACGAACAACAACCAACGGUUCCCCUUUGCCGCCCUGUGAGACUGUCAGCCACCAAUUUCCUUUUGCGUCAGUUUGGCCCUGUUGUCGCCAAGACGACUCAAACAGACCUUUACAAGACCGACGCCCUGCCAACGACCCUGACGCCCCCUCUCCUGCAGAAAAUCCUCUCUUUGUCGUCGUCGACAGUAAAACCGUCCGCUCGUUCAUCUACGUAUCAUCUGCGAUGAAGUCAAUUGCUGUAAUUUCUUUACUUGCUACGGCUGCUUUUGCACAGUCCUCGGCCUCUUCGGCGGCUGGCGCAUCGUCCACGGCGGGCGCGUUGAUUCCCUCGGGCAUCAGCCAGGGCUGCUCGUCCUACCUUAGCUCGCUCAACAGCGACUCCACCCUCUACUCCUGCGCGAGCCCCCUUAUCCAAGCGACUUCGCAGUUCGGAGCCGCUGCUAAUGGUAGCGCCUCUAGUUCUGCCGUCGCGUCUGCAGUCAAGAGCUUCUGCUCGAGCGCCUCGAGCUCCUGCUCCGAUAGCAACAUAAAGACACAGCUCGCGAGCUUCUACUCAGCGUGCACUGCUGAGCUGACGUCGACCGCCAACCAAGAUGUCAUCCGCAUGUACGACGCCCUCUACGCCAUCACGCCGCUGAAGCAGGCCGUCUGCGCCCAGGACGAUAGCGGGAACUACUGCAUUUCGUCGAUUGCGUCUGCUGCCAAGUCCAAUAACAACAUGGCGACCGCGCAGAAGUACCUCUGGUACCCCUCGACCACGGCUAAGCGUGCCGUCACCUCGAUCCAGGCGAAUUCGACUACGUUCACCAACUACAACCUCCCUUUCCUCCUCCUUACCCCCUCGACCCCCUCCUCCACUCUGUGCACCUCGUGCACUCGUAGCAUCUUGACCUCUUACAUCAACUUCGAGUCAUCCGUUCCCUACGGCCCUGGCCUGGACAAGAGCACCCUGCUGAGCGGUCAGACCGCCUUGUACAAGGGUGUUGUCAGCACGUGCGGGGAGAACUUUAUGAGCGGCGCCGUUCAGGCUGCCGGAGGUAUCAAGUCGGGUGUUAUUAGCGGUGCAGGGAAGACAGUCGAGGGUGGUGCUUUGGGUGUCCUCAUCUCCGCCAUGAGCGUGGCGGCUGCUGGCUUUGCCGUGGCUCUCUGAGGCGCCGGUUUAGAGCGAUCUUAGGUGUCUCUUCUUAAUUACUGGACGGUGCUAUCUUAGUAUUUUAUACCCAUUCAUAUGAGAUUGUCGUCAUUAUCAAUGAACAUGGGCCGGUGCAUAGGUGUUAGUUUGAACAUUUUGUCCCUGUCAGUGAGCAUGCG